GUAAGGUUUCUGUUCAGCAGCGGCUAUGGUGGCGACACAGCCACUGUAGCUUUCUUUGAGUUGCUGGGCUGGGGGCUGGAACCCCACUUUGCGAUCGACCUGGGCUUGUGCAGACUGGCAUGGCGGUGGAUUGCCAAGCCACCCGUAUGGCAGGAGCUGCUUCCCAUCACGGCGCGCCCUCAACAAUGGCUCGUCUGUCUUCCGCAGCUCCAGGCUUUUUUGGACAGAACAGGUUGGUGGCUCAACGACCAGGCUGAUGCCUUUUUCAGGAUUUUUACCGUGACCAAUACCUUCGGCGAUGUAAACGGGAACAAGCUUCUGUUCACCGCCGCCGUGCGGCCUUCCUGUCCGGAGGCACCACUUGGUUCUUCAACAAGGCAGCUCCCGCUGCUAGUCUUCACAACCGCACCCGAUGCCUCUGUGGAGCAUCCCGACCGAGCAGAGCUCAUCUCCUGUGGACCUGUCCUGCUACAGCCGACCUUAGGAGAGACCUUGAGUCCCCUGCCCACCGUGGCGAAGAAAGGUUACUCUCAAAACACUUGCGGGAACAGCCUCUUCCGCCUCCGGCUGUGGAUGAGGGAGGCUGCUCUUAAAGCUCGCUUUAACUGCCCGUCGAUGCCUCUUUUUGGAGUGCGGCUCAGGUCCUUAAACGAUGCCGCCGAUCGCACAGCCAAGGCCUGUGUGGACAGGCGACUCCGAGGAAUUGGGAAGUCAAUGCUGUUCGCGCUUCUGCACGGGCAGCCCAACGCCUUAGUGACCACCUUGAAGCUUGUUCCGCUGCAGGCAGUUCUGCCGUUGAA